UCUCACCUCGAUAAAUCCCCCAGUUCUCUUAGUUCUCUCUCCUCUCUCUUCCUCCCCCAAAGUCUGUCUUCCCGCCUCCAACCUCCACCUCCAUCCUAGGACACAUACAUAUAUAUACUUACACUCGCACUCACACUCGCGCCCUCACCUACGCCAAGGCACACACACACACAUACACACGCAAGCCUGGGUACGACCGGCUUACUUACCAACCUAACCUCCCUGCCUACCUACCUCGAGGUUACAUCGCUCGAGACGUGUCGCUGUGACGGAAGAGAAGCGCCCUCCCCAGCCUCGAUCCCCACCACUCUGAACCAUGUCCGCCGCCGACUACUACGGUAACAGCGGGGGCGGCCACCCGCCCUACCCCUCGCAGCCCAGCUACUCGCAACCGCAGUAUGCGCCACCGGCAUCCUCUCCCUACUCCCAGCCGACCUACGCGCCGCACGCCCAAACCCAGCACUAUCUCGCCCCGCACCCGUCGUCCGCGCGCCCCGGCUCCGCCCACUCCGACGCCGGGUACCCGCCGCCGUACCCAACCUCUCCCCAUUCUCCCUCCGGGUACGGGAAGGACGGGGACCCGCCGCGCCCGCACUCGGCCGAUCCGUACGGCGGCGGCGGCCCGCAGUACGACCGCGACGGGCAGCACUACCAAGGCGGCGCCGAGGACGGAGAGAGGGGGCUCGGCGCCACCCUGUUGGGCGGCGGCGCCGGCGGCUUCCUCGGCCACAAGCUGGGCAGGGGGAAGCUCGGCACCGUUCUAGGCGGCGCCGUCGGCGCCGUCGCGGCGAACAUGCUCGAGAGCCGCCUCGGAGGCGGAAAGCACUCGAGCGGGUACGAACACCACCAGAACUCGCAUCCCCACUCCCACUCCCACUCGGGACACGGCAGCCACCGCGGGAGUCACCACGGAAGCCAUCACGGGAGCCAUCAUGGGAGCCACCACGGGUACGGCGGCGGAUACGGCGGCGGGUACGGGGCGUACGAUUCCUCGUCUUCGUUGUCCUCCCAUCACGGGCGGCAUCACGGACACCACGGGGAGCAGGGCGGAGGGUACUACGGCGGGCAUCAUCAGCAUGGCCACCACGGCGGGCAUCAAGGGCACGGCUGGUAAGGUCGCGCCGAAGUUGACAAGUGGUGAUAAUGAGCGGAUGAGCCGACGGACGGACGAAUAGAUAGACGAAUUCUACGACGCGCGGUGCCUGGGCUAGUAGGUUGGGUUCGGCGUGCUCACGUCCGCCGCGGGUUCUGGUCGGCGUGAGGCACCGCUGUUACGUUACGAUACGAUCGACACGAAGGAGGGACGGAUUGUUGGAGGCAUAUGGUUUGUAGUAUUACCUAAUGCGCGUGGGCUACGACUGGACUGCUAUCAGUUGGAUGGCUAGGAGUACAAAUAGCUGUAGAUACGCCGGAGCGGGCAACCCCUUUUUUUUGUAUUUCACCACCGUCUGAGGUUGUCGGCCUCGCUGCUCUACUACCCCGUCCACCCCCUCCUCCCACUCCCGCAAGAGCCAGCUAUCUGGCGUAUGCUGCAUGUAUUCACACGUAGACCUGGGACACCCCCCCUUCGCAUCUGGACACACC